CUAUCAUGAUAGUUAUAAUGAUAACUCAAAUAUAGAAUUAGACAUUAAACAAAGAAAUAUUGACAAACUUAUAGAGUAUACAGUUGAUUUACCAGACUCAAUUCUAACAACAUUUAUAAAUAUAAUUAAAAAACUUGUACAAGUACAAUUUCACCAACCCGAAUAUUUAAAAAUGUGGAUUACUUUAUUAGAUGCAACAACACAAAUAAAUAAUAAUAAGUUGAGUCUUGGGGUCUCAUUACUAAAUCAUAUAAGAUAUAGUAAAGGAUCUAAAACCAGCCAAAUUUUUUCAAAGUAUAUACAACAAAAAGCUUAUAAUUUUAUUAAAUGGUCUUUAUAUUGUUCAAAUAAUGGCCAAAUUAAAUAUAGAAAACUAUCAACUAGAAAAGUAAAUCGGCUACAAAAAAUUAAUAUAUCUUUGCACAAUAAAGUUAAAAAAUUCAAGCAAAUUUGUAAAAAAAAAAUUUCAUUAGCUCAGUUUGCAGCAUGUAAAAUACCUACGAUCAUCAAUAAACAAUUAAAGUUAGCUAUUCAAGAUCGACUUAUAAUAAAUAAAAAACAGUAUUGUUCUAUAACUGUUUUAAUAGCUACACAAAUUUGUGAAAUUGGUCAAAUGUCCUAUCAAUCUGCCGUAACUUGUAUGAAAAAAGUAAUUAAGUAG